CAACAUUGCUAGGCUUUCAGUAUUUCAUCAUGGCUCAAAAGGAGAAUGAAAGGGAACACAUGGUCUGGCACUCCAGUCUCUUUUAUGUCAAGGAACAAAUUGUGGCAGUGAUUUAUGUGUCUGGCAUCUAAAAUCCUACGAAAGUAUAGUUGUAAGAUAUAAUGGUUUCUACUGGCAAUGGAGAAAGCUCAGUUGAGAUUCAGGAAGAAUCUCCAUUGAGUGAGACACCAAGUGACUAUAAGUCCAAUGGGCAGGUUUCUCUCUACCUUUCAGCAUCUCAAAUGGGACUGCUUAGUGAUAGUGACCCUAAAAGUGGAUUUCAGGGUGUCAAACCAGCUGUUCCUAGUAGAUUAAGGAUCUUUCAAUUUAGUUCUGAUGGUGGUUUGGCUUCCCCAUCAGCUAAGUUCCGACGACUUGCAGAAGAAAGAGAUGAAAUGUCACAAUCUGUGCCGCCUUCUUCUGGACAAGGCAUUCGAGGACGUUUCAAUAGGGUUUUCACUCAGAGAAUUGAAUGGGCUUCCGUUUGGGAAAUCAGCAAAGAAUGGAUCAGGGACCCUUUGAACAUGGCACUUCUGUUAUGGGUAAUAAGUGUUGCUGUCUCAGGGGCAAUUCUCUUUCUUGUAAUGACAGGAAUGUUAAAUGCUGUCCUACCAAAGAAAUCUCAGAGAAAUGCAUGGUUUGAGGUCAAUAAUCAAAUUCUUAAUGCUCUCUUUACUCUUAUGUGUCUGUACCAACACCCAAAGCGUUUUCACCACCUUGUACUUCUAUGUAGGUGGAAGCCAAAAGAUAUCUCCCAGCUUAGAAAGAUAUACUGCAAGAAUGGAACUUACAAACCCCAUGAAUGGACACAUAUGGUGGUAGUUAUUGUUCUUCUCCACGUGAAUUGCUUAGGUCAGUAUGCCUUGUGUGGCCUUAACUUGGGAUACAGAAGAUCUGAACGACCUGCUGUAGGAGUUGGUAUAUGCCUUUCUGUUGCAUUUGCAGCUCCUGCAGUUGCUGGUCUGUAUGGCAUCCUUAGCCCCCUUGGGAGGGAGUAUGACUUGGAAUUGGAUGAGGAAACACAGUUUCAUAUCCCUACUGCUGGCAGCCAGCCUAAUUACCCAAGGGUUAAGUCUUUGGAGAGGAGAUUCUCAUUUUCACCAAGAAAUGAACAGAGGAUCAUCGAAAACAGACCUGAGUGGAGAGGGGGAUUAUUUGACUUUUGGGAAAAUAUUACCCUAGCUUACCUUUCUCUUUUCUGUAUUCUUUGUGUUUUUGGGUGGAAUAUGGAGAGACUUGGGUUUGGUAACAUGUACGUUCACAUUGCAACGUUUCUCCUAUUCUGCAUGGCUCCUUUUUGGAUCUUUAACUUGGCAGCCAUUAAUAUUGAUAACGAGACUGUCAGGGAAGCUCUUGGGGUAACUGGUGUUGUGCUUUGUCUAUUUGGUUUACUAUAUGGUGGUUUUUGGAGGAUCCAAAUGAGAAAGAGAUUCGACUUGCCAGAAAAUAACUCAUGUUUUGGAAAACCGGCAGUUGCAGAUUGUGCACAAUGGCUUUUUUGUUGCUGGUGCUCCCUCGCUCAGGAGGUUCGAACAGCUGAUUUCUAUGACAUCGUGGAAGAUAAAUUUUGCAGAAAGCAAACGUAUUUGGGUGGCGAUGCCCAUCAUUCCCCUUUGCCUCGUGAAAAUGGCCUGGCUCAAUAUAGAUCUUGCCCAUGUUCUCCACUUGGGAACAGCCAGAGGAUGUCCAAGCUAAGGCCCAACGAUUGUUACCAUCUUAGCCGAUUUUCUGAAUAUUCUUACAAUUCAGAUGAACAGCUUGCCAAGGUAGAAGCAUUUGCUAGUAUAGGCUUGGACAGUAGUAUGAAGCCACCUGUUCCAUCAAUAGUACAACGCUAAGAUAAUGCAGACCAAUAGCUGUGUAACAUUUUAUGGUAUGAAAAAUCUAUCUAAUGGAACAUUCACUUUGACACGUUU